UGCAGAAGCAUUGGUGCACCUUAGUACGAAUUAGUGUGGGCAGCAAUGAUACCCUACCAAGCUGGCUGUCAUAUUUGUUAGUGCAGUUAGCAUUCUUGGGGGGAAUGUCUAUGUGUCUAUCUGUAUCUAGCCUCUUUUACAUACCCUGUGACUCAAGUUGUCUGCUAUAGCUUCGGCCACUAGGUAUAAUUUGCUGCUGGCUACUGUCUGGCCUAGUAGACAAGUUGGGUCAUUGGGUAUGUGCCCAAAUAGAAGAAUUCGGCGCUACCUAUGUAACACCGGUAUGUGCCCAUUCUUGGCGAGUCCCCCAGAGUGAGUGUGCCAACGUGACACAAGGGAUGUGUAGCCAUGAUACAGCACCUGCUCUUGGGCCAGAAGCCUGUUGUAAGUGAGUGCCAUAGAUUGGGAACGAGACCACGAAGAAGAAGGAAGAAGAAGAGCAACGCGACGAGCCAUGAACGUGUGGAUCGGUGGAGACACGUCGUCGAAGCCGGAGGACUUCCAGCUCGCCCGUCUGGCGGCACCGCCCUCGAAUGAGUCUCUUAGGCGCCUCAGCCACACUGGGAUCGGGGGAGUGGCUGGCGAGGAACACCAUCCGCGUCAACCUCGUGACAACGAAGAGGGUGGCGUCAGGCGAAGCAUGAUCGUCUCACUCGUCGCCAGCAUGGUCUUUUCGAUCGCCAUCUACGCCAUGUGGCACGUGCUCGAAGUUUCUUACCGGCACAAGGCCGGAGCCCUGGUCAAGGCCGAGGACGACAGCGCGACCAAGCCGGCAAUGGUGAGCGGCCGGCCAACGCAAGUGACCGCGCCGUCGCUCGUCUGCACGUCGUCCAGCUGCGAACAGUUCUCCAGCAUCUUCCAGGACGCACUCUCCUACGACCAGGAACCCUGUUCGGACUUCUACCAGUUCGUCUGCAAGCGCUGGAGCUUGCGGCUGCCGCACGAGUACACCGUCAAGGAGGAACACCGGCACCGCAUCGUCGCGCUCAUGAGCCGCGUCCUGAAGGAGCUCCCGCACUCCGCGGCUACCAGCUCCUCGGAGGCGAAGGCGGUCAACCUGUACUGGGCCUGCAUGCAGCCGAAGCGCAACGUGGAGGCGCUCAGGGAGUUCAUGCGCAUCGAGGGCGUCACCCUGGACGAUGACGACGAGUCGGGCGAGCACCCGCUGAAGCACAUUGUGCAUCUGAACGUCCACUACGGCUUCCAGACGAUCUUCAACGUCGGACGAGCCCGGAGGGACGCCGUCGCCCAGUGCAGCGGCGCCAACUGGACGUUCGUGUUCGAGAAGGUCGACGUCCACAUGUACGCGCCCUUCAUCGAAGACCUGACGGGCAGCGCCCACUUCAUCAAGAGGGCGUUCGCGCUAGUGACGGGGAAGGACAUUCCCGCAGCAGUGCUCCGCGACAUCAUCCGGGUUGACGCGUUCCUGGUGAGCCUGCUUCACCGCUUCACCUGGCUGCCCGUGAGAAGAGCGUUCCAACUAGGAAAUGGAGGCGUCUUCGCGGCCAAUGUGACCGUGGCCGACAUGUUCCUCUACCUCGGCGAGACGCUGGACAUCCAGUUCGACGUCAAGGACUGCAUAGUGGUCACGUCGAUCCACGUUAUCCAGCUGGUCGAAAAGAUUCUCGCAAAGUUCAGCACGACGCAGCUGAACAGGUACGUGCAGUGGUCGGUGCUGCGUCGCAUCGCUCCCAUCGCCGAGCCGGCCCUCCUGGAGCCAAUGGAGCUGCGGCACUACUACUGCUACACCACGCUGGAGCGACUGCUGCACUAUGCACUAUCCAGACGCUUCCUGGAUAGCGUCGGGGUGGCCGGAGGUGCCGCGACGCGCGAGGCCUCAUCCAUGAUCAGCAUCAUCCUGCGCUCAACUCUCUCCUUGGUCGAAGCAAGCAGCUGGAUGAGCGUGGGCCAGAAGAUCAAUAUUCGCCUGGCACUGGCUAAGAAAGCACGCGUUUCGGUCUACCGUCGCUUGCAAGAGCUUGAUUGCCUGCAGGACUACUCUGAGAACAUAAGCAGCGCCAACGCUCUUCUCGCUUGGGCCACAGCGGCGUCAACGAUCAGGUCUUGCCAGCUGAACAUGACGUCGCCGUCGCAGGCGUUACCGAUGAGCACGGAGGUGACGUUCGGUUUGGAGGAAAACACGCUGUCCGUGCCGGAGGCGCUGCUGAUGCCGCCAUUCUUCGGCUCCGACGGCCUUCCUGGGAUCAACUAUGGCGCCCUGGGUUUGGCCGUGUCCAGCGCGUUGAUGGGACUCCUGGAGCUCCACUUGUCGGGUGACCGACAAUAUUCGGGGGACUCCGACGGCGAAAGCGGCUUUGGCAGCCGAUUAGAAUGCCUGAAAAAGGCCUACCAGGAAGACAUGCGCGUCGACCGGGGCACGCUGAACAAGAUGGCCGCGCUGCGAGACUUCGUGGGGCUCCUGCCCGCGUACCGGGCCUUCGUGUCGACGGCGUCCGCGCAGCGACUCAAGGGCCUCGGGUGGAUGAGCGAGGAGCAGCUGUUCUUCGUGGCCUUCUGCUACCAGCAGUGCGAGAACGCGGGCGACGAGCGGUCCUCGAAGGCGCUGCCCGUCGCCGCCUACCGCUGCAACGUGCCGCUCAGGCACACGCCGCAGUUUGCGGACGCGUUCAACUGCUCGCUGGGAUCGCCGAUGGUGUCGCCCGAACCGUGCGCCUUCUGGGACGAAGCCCUGGAUCAAGCCGCGAUGCGAAGAAGCGAGAAACAUCUGACGCACGCCACUGACUGACCCGCGCCACUUUCGAGACUCGUGAGUGCAACGCGAGCACGGAUAGGCGACGGCUGUACGCUGUGUAGCGGGAGAGCGAAGGUGUUUGCUUAACGCCCGCACAUAGGUCUGGCCGUAUGCGAACUAUACUGUUCUUGUUUUUUUUAAAUCAGUGAACAGGGGAAUUUGUGUUGUGAAACUCCCGCAGCACGUUCGUUGCGGUACGUUUAGUUUGCGGUGACCGAUGUCUUUUGUUUACGUGUUAAAUAUUUAAUUUGUGACCUUGC